CACACACACACAGAGAGAGAGUAGAGAUAGCAGCAUUCUGGAAGUGCACAUGAAACAGGAGGAACCUUCGGGAGACUGUGAAGUGGGCUGUGUGUUUUGGAAACAGUAACCCGAGCAAGUUACCCGCCGGUACUACACUUCUUCAAAGAACUCGACUGUUUUCCCCCAGCUGGAGAAGAAUAAAGCCGCAUUUCUUCCCUUAAAAUCUGAGGUUUGGAAAAGAAACGUGGAGUAGAUUUUUUUUAUCCGAGAAGUUUGCACGUUUCCCCACUUCCACCUUCAUCCUCGUGGACAUAUAGACUAAGCAAGAAUGGUGUGGGGGUAGUUCAUAUAUGGAGCCUUGGCUGCAAGUGGGAGCAGUUUUCGGGAGGAUUAAGGUGGCACACACACACACACACAGUUGAAAAACUUUCCGCGAGGCGGCAAUAACUGAGCUGGAUCUUUACGCACGCUCUGCGCAGACUGAUUUGUAAAAUCCAAGAUGCGCUCCUUGAGAGAGUCGUGCGGAUGUGAAAGCGGAGAAACCCGGAGUGGAGCGCUCAAGUCGGGUAUUAUGCGUUUACUUGUUCUCCUCCUAGUCGUCCUGUCCUGCCACGGUUGUCCGGACAGAUGCCUGUGCUCCUCGCAAACUGUAAAAUGCCAAAACCAGGACCUGGACAAUAUCCCGCGUUCUCUACCGAGCAAUACCAAAAUUCUGUUUGUCACGGGGAACAACAUAUCCCGCCUUACUGAGGACUCUUUUCCAAACAGCCUGGAAAUGUUAACCGACCUCUAUCUCAGCGGGAAUGAGUUGGAGUCUGUGGAAGAAAUGGUAUUUGACAACUUGCCAAACCUAGUGCGACUGGACCUGAGCAACAACAAAUUCCAGGCUUUCAGCGACAGAGCUUUCCCUGAUGACAAUAAACUUCAGAUGCUGAACCUCAGUAAGUCUUUCCACAAUCAUUCCUCCGUAGAGGUGGUCCUAAAUGUCCUGCAGAGUGGGAAGCUCCUCAUGCUGAAAGUCUUGGAUCUGUCCAACAACAACUUCCUGAUUCUUCCAGAGGACACAUUCAGGAGCCUCUCCAACCUGGUCAACCUAAGCCUGCAGAACAGCUCCAUCAUCUCCAUUCAGAACGGGACACUGAAGGAGCCUCCACUGCGUGACCUUGACCUGAGGGACAACAGUCUUAAGUAUCUGCCAAACACUGCCCUGGCAGAGUUCGACCUGAAGCCUGGUCUCCGCAUCUGGCUGGCAGGGAACCCCUGGCGCUGCGACUGCAUCAUCGAGGACAUGCUGAUGUGGCUGAAUAAUUCCUCUCAGGUCGUUGAUGGGCACAAUCUGACCUGCACAGACCCCGAAGCCCUGAGGAGACGACGGCUCCUGCAGGUGGAGCCAUCAAAGCUGAAGUGUUCGGGGGACAUGGAGGGCGUGCUGGAGACGUCUUAUGUUUUCUUGGGGUUGGUGCUGGCACUGAUUGGCCUCAUAUUCCUGCUGGUGCUCUACCUGAACAGAAAAGGCAUCAAGCGUUGGAUGUACAACAUCCGGGAUGCUUGUAGGGACCACAUGGAGGGGUACCAUUACAGGUAUGAGAUAAACUCUGACCCACGUUUGGCCAACUUGAGCAUCAAUUCGGACGUGUAGAUCCAGGAUGGGACAUGGUCUGGGACCCUGCAUUGAGACUUAAAACGACUUAAACUAUCGACAUUUGCAUGAGCAUCUUCCUCUCCUUUCCCAUUUACCCCCAUUUACCUCCAUACAGCCACGGCUGCAUGUCUUCAAGGAAGCUGUGUCGUCAACUGCAUUUCCUCCGUGCAACAUUUCACGGACAGCGAUUCAUGCGGGAGGUUUUCAAAAAGAGUGAUAUGUUCUAUUUUUACUUUCCUGAAGGAUAAAUGGACGGAGUGCAUUGACUUUGAAGUGAAAGAAUACCUGGGAAAAAACGUUGCAUCCUUCUCCUGUUGACUCUGCUGCAGAGAAAUGCUAUGCUGCUUGUUUAUAAGUUUGUUCAUUUGAUUAUGUGAAUUUUGUGAUUUUAAGUAUGCCAUUCAUUUUUGGACGAUUAUAGUGCACAUUGCAUAGUUUGUGGAUUUAGUCGGUGGAUGUGAUAGCUCCCUUUUUCUGUCAAGAUAUUCAGUUCAAAUAAAAUGCGUCUGGAUUGAUGAUA